AUGUCAAUUACCCUUUCUUUAUCAAACAAGGAUAAAACUACUAGUCUAGUGUACAAUUAUCUUUUACCCAUUCAACUAGAAGUUAAAGACGCGGCCGAUGAAAAUCCUGUUUUAACGCUUGCUGACAAUAAAAAUAUUGUUGGCUCUAAUUCAGUUAUAAUUUAUUUAAUUGAAAAUUUUGGAGAACUAAAACAUAAAAAUGCCAAUGAUAUUAUUGAAGUUCAAAAAUGGCUCAACGAAACUGAUCCACAAAUAAAUCCUAAUUUAAAAAACGUCGCAAAGGAUUUAAAUGAUCAUUUGGCGCUUCGUACAUAUAUUAUUGGAAAUUAUUUAACUGUAGCUGAUUUAGUGGUGUUUUCACGUCUUCAUUCUAUUAUUGCUGAAUUUUCAUCGGAAAGCAGAUUCGAGUUUUCCAAUUUAAUACGUUGGUUUGAUUUUAUCCAGCAUACAGCUGUUUCCAAAAUAGCUCCUAAACUAGGUUUUAACGUCAUAGAAUUUAAUUUAGAAGCCCCAAAGGUUGAUAAAAGUAAGCAACAAACUCAAGAUAUAAAAAAAGAACAAGUUGAAAAGGCACCCGAAAAAGAAUCAUCGAAAGUCAAUAAAAAAAAUGAUAAAAAGGCUGAUAAAACUUCUAAAAAAGCUACAAAGGAAACCAAAGAAUCAACAUUAGUAAUAACUCCAUCUUUACUUGAUUUGCGUGUUGGGCACAUCAUUAAAGCCGAAAAGCAUCCUGCUGCUGAUGCAUUGUAUGUUGAACAGAUUGAUGUUGGUGAGGAAACUCCAAGGACUGUGGUUAGCGGUUUGGUUAUGCAUAUUCCAUUAGAUCAAAUGCAGAAUCGAGAUGUUAUUUUGCUUUGCAAUUUAAAGCCUGCAGCUAUGCGAGGUAUUAAAUCACACGCUAUGGUUCUUGCAGCAACAUCACACGAAGGAAAAGUUGAAUUAGUUGAUCCACCAAUUGGAUCUAAACCGGGAGAUCGCGCAUUUUUCGACGGUUUUGAAGGCGUUCCGGAGCCUAUUUUAAAUCCCAAGAAAAAGAUAUGGGAAACAUUACAACCAGGUUUAUUAACUACAGCAAAUAAAGAAGCUUCAUGGGUUAACAGUGAAGAUAAAAGUGUUCAUCUUCUUAAAACUGAAAAAGGUCUCUGCACUGUACCAACUGUUGUUAGUGGAACAAUAAAAUAA